GGCUCCUGUUCACUUCCUGAUUCCAGUGGGUUGAGUGAGACUCAAACUGCGCAGAGAAGAGGAACAUGUCCGCCGUGCAGCUGCUGCGGGAGUCGGUACAUGAGCGGAUGCUCGCUGCCGCUGAAGACUUCCUGCUGCAGGUGGAGGAAGGAGGAGGAAAGGCUCGAGUCCCGGAGCUGAGAGCGAUGCUCACCGAGCGGCUCAGAGCGGCAGUGGAGCAGAUCCUCGCGGGGCUGGAGGAAACCUUGGCGGAGUAUGAAGACCGAGUGGAGCGGUCCGAGCUGGAGAUCUGCCGCCAGAGGAGGCUGCUCGAUGCCGUGAUGCAGCCCGUGGUCCGGCUGCACAGAGCAGUGUGUAUUGCAGACGUCCAGCAACUGAUGGUGUAUAAAGAAGAGGUUACCCCUGAGCAGCAGCAGUGGAGCCCCCUUGUGGACAAGGAGGACCCAGAGCCCCCCUACAUUAAAGAGGAAAAGGAGGAACCAUGGACCAAUCAGGAUGGACAGCAGCUUCAAGGACUGGAGGAGACUGAUAUCAAGUUCACAUUGACUCCUGUUGCUGUGAAGAGUGAAGAAGAUGAAGAGAAACUUAAAUCGUCAAAGCUUCAUCCGAGUGAGACGAAGGAGAACAGAGCGGACUGUGGAGGACCAGAACCAGCCAGGAACUCAGGUCCUGAAGGACGUUUACAACCAGGUCCUGAGGACAAGUCUGAAGACUCUUCUGAGACUGAACACAGUGAGGAUGAUUGGAUGGAGACUAGGGAACCUCAGACUCAGACAGAAAAGAAAUCGUUUAGUUGCUCUGAGUGUGGUAACAAAUUUAACCACAGGGGCCAUCUACAAUCACAUAUGAGGACUCAUACAGGAGAGAAACCCUUUAGUUGCUCUGAGUGUGAUAAAAGAUUCAGCAGUAAGUCUGGUUUAAGGAGACAUGUGAGGAGUCAUUCAGGAGAGAAACCCUUUAGUUGCCCUGAGUGUGGUAAAAGAUUUAACCGAAAGUGCAAUCUAAAUUUACAUAUGAGGUGUCACACAGGAGAGAAACCGUUUAGUUGCUCUGAUUGUGGUAAAACAUUUAACCUAAGGGGCAAUCUAAAUGCACACAUGAGGAUUCAUACAGGAGAGAAACCGUUCAGUUGCUCUGAGUGUGGUAAAAGAUAUAGCCAUAGGGGCAAUCUAGCUACACAUAUGAGUAGUCAUACAGGAGAGAAACCGUUUAGUUGCUCUGAGUGUGGUAAAAGAUUUAACUACAUGGGCCGACUAAAUGCACAUAUGAAGACUCAUACAGUAGAUAAACCGUUUAGUUGCUCUGAGUGUGGUAAAAGCUGUAGCCUUAGAUGCAAUCUAAAUUUACAUAUGAGGAAUCAUACAGGAGAGCAACCGUUUUGUUGCUCUGAGUGUGGUAAAAGAUUUAACCUAAGGGGCAAUCUAACUGCACACAUGAUGAGUCAUACAGGAGAGAAACCGUUUGUUUGCUCUGAGUGUGGUAAAAGAUUUAUCCAAAGGAGCAAUCUAAAUACACAUAUGAGGUGUCAUACAGGAGAGAAACCGUUUGGUUGCUCUGAGUGUGGUAAAAGAUUUAACCAAAGGAGCAAUCUAAAAAGACAUAUGAGGAAUCAUACAGGAGAGAAACCCGUUUAGUUGCUCUGAGUGUGGUAAAAGCUUUCGCCAUAGGGGAGGUCUAAAUAAACAUGAGGAAUCAUACAGGA